AGCCGCCAAACGAUAGCAACAACAAAAACAGGUUUUCAGAACUCGCUGUCUGCUUCUAUAAAGCUUAAAAUAAAUAGAAAACAUUUUUGAAAUGGAGCCCUUAUCACAGCUGGUUAAAUCCACUCUACCCAAUUACUUGUCCAACUUGCCGAUCCCCGACAGUUUCGGCGGUUGGUUCAAGCUGUCUUUCAAGGACUGGCUGGCCCUCAUUCCACCCACUGUUGUGGUCGCUGGAAUCGGCUACACCGGUUACCUGGCCUUCUGCCCGGCCGCCCAGGCCAGAUGCUCGGCCGUUAAGAGCGGACGCUGCAACAACCAGAUCCGGAAGCAUGAGCCCAAGGUGGUGGAUACGAUCGAUGUGGAGGAUAUCGCCGAGAAGGCCGCCUUCUGCCGCUGCUGGAAGAGCAAGAACUGGCCCUACUGCGAUGGCAGCCAUGGAGAGCACAACAAGUUGACCGGCGACAACGUCGGACCAGUGGUGGUGAAGAAGCAAUAAACGUGGUCCCAUCGGUGCAUCUGGACACAUCUAGCAUUUCCUUGUUGAAAAAUUCUCGCAGAGCUUCUAGUUGCUUUUAAAAACCAAGUUACAUGGUUUACGUUUUUCGAAAUACUUCUACCCUGUCAACCCUGUUUGUAAUCGUAAGCAUUAAUUGAUAUUGAUGGAUUAAGUCUAAAGAAGCCAAUAAAAUUGCCUACAAGAAACUAAAAUAUAUAAUCC